AUGAAACUCGCUACUUUCCUCGCUAUCGUUCUGCCUGCUAUCAGCGCCAAUGCUUUGGGUAUCAAUUGCAGAGGAUCCGCGAAGUGCAGCGGUCUUUAUGGCCCUGACAAUGUGGCCAAUGACCUCAAGAGUGCUAUCGACGGAAUUGAUGUGAACAGAUGGUACUACAACGGCGAGCAGAUUGCCUGUGUAGGUAACCAGGCUGGUAACGGUGGUGGUUACUGCGCGUUCUUGCAGAACACUGGGGGCACCAAUGGUCAAUGGAUCAAGGAUAUCGCCCACUAUAUUCCGGAACACGGAUGCAAAAUGUGCGGCAGUGUUCCCUACUAUUACCCCGGCAGCAAUGAUGUUGGUCAGGGCGAGUUGACAUUCAACUACGUGGACAACCCCUGUAACGUGGCUGGUACCCAGCUCUGCUAA